AUGGCAACGACAGCUCUGACCGGGUUCUCCAUGAUGAGCCUGCUCAGUCUCGGGUAUCUUACCUGGGACAUGAUUGGUCCUAACCAGGUGGAAAACGAGACCAACCACACUUUUGUCGAGAGCUCACCUGUCCCUCAGCCUCCUCACAUAAUUUUCAUCAUGACGGACGAUCAGGGGUUUAACGACAUCGGCUACCACAGCUCUGACAUCAGGACCCCGGCGCUGGAUAAACUGGCUGCAGACGGAGUGAAGCUGGAGAACUAUUACAUCCAGCCCAUCUGCACCCCGUCCCGCAGCCAGCUCAUCACCGGCAGGUACCAAAUCCACACUGGCCUGCAGCACUCCAUCAUCCGGCCCCGCCAGCCCAACUGCCUGCCCUUCGACCAGGUCACCCUCCCCCAGAGACUGCAGGAGCUCGGCUACUCCACCCACAUGGUCGGCAAGUGGCACCUGGGCUUCUACAAGAAGGAGUGCCUGCCUACUCGCCGAGGCUUUGACACAUACUUUGGCUCCUUAACAGGCAGUGUAAACUACUACACCUACGACUCCUGUGACGGCCCCGGGAGGUGUGGUUUCGACCUGCACGAGGGGGAGUCGGUCGCCUGGGGUCAGAGGGGCAAAUACUCUACACACCUCUACACGCAGAGAGUCCGCAAGAUCCUGGCGACCCACGAUCCUCAGUCCCAGCCGCUGUUCAUCUACCUCUCCUUCCAAGCUGUUCAUACACCCCUGCAGUCUCCACGGGAGUACAUCUACCCAUACCGUGGAAUGGAAAAUGUGGCUCGCAGGAAAUAUGCUGCUAUGGUCUCAGCUGUAGAUGAGGCAGUACGUAAUAUAACAUAUGCUCUCCGCAAGUAUGGUUACUACCAGAACAGUGUGAUCAUCUUCUCCACUGACAACGGGGGCCAGCCUUUGUCUGGCGGCAGUAACUGGCCCCUCAGAGGACGUAAAGGCACCUACUGGGAAGGCGGUGUCAGGGGUCUGGGGUUCGUUCACAGUCCUCUGUUGAGGAAGAAGAGGAGGGUGAGUAAAGCCCUGGUGCACAUCACUGACUGGUACCCAACACUGGUGGGAUUAGCAGGUGGAAAUGAGUCCCUGACCGAGGGGGUGGAUGGCCAUGAUGUUUGGGAAGCCAUCAGUGGAGGGAAAGAGUCCCCCCGGUUGGAGAUCCUCCACAAUAUUGACCCUUUAUAUAACCAUGCCCGCAGUGGCUCCCUAGAGAAAGGAUAUGGGAUUUGGAAUACAGCUGUGCAGGCCUCCAUACGAGCUGGAGACUGGAAACUUCUAACAGGAGACCCCGGCUACGGAGACUGGACGCCACCACCGGUGCUUCCAGGUUUCCCCGCCGGCUGGUGGAACCUGGAGCGCCACACUGAACCCAAGAAAUCUGUGUGGCUUUUCAACAUCUCCGGAGACCCCUACGAGCGCCAAGACCUUUCUGAGCAGAGACCAGAUGUUGUGAAAGAGCUGCUGGCUCGACUGGUGUACUACAAUAACACUGCGGUGCCAGUGAGGUAUCCAUCAGAGGACCUUCGGGCUGAUCCCCAACUCAAUGGAGGUGCUUGGGUGCCUUGGGUAGGAGAUGAGGAGGAGGAACGAUGGGAUACUGUCUACCAGAAAAAGAACAAUUGGAAGAAGAAGCUGAAAAUGUCCAAAAGCAGGUCGUUUUUCAGGAGACUCAACACUAGGAUGAUGUCCAACAGGAUAUAA